UAUCCCAUCUCUAUCUUUCCCAUAUUUUCAUUUUCUAUCGUGACCCAAUCCAUCUUCCCCACCCUUUAACCCAUCACCGCCGCCGCCUUUCCUGUAACCACCAGCCACCUCCCAUGUCACAACCAGCCGGCUCCCCUUGAUUUUGGUCGUCGCCAACCGACGGACAAGUAGAGAUAGAGGUAGAAGGAGAGAAGGGUAGUUUACUCCCUCUAAAAUGCUUCAGCAGAGCUCUAGCUGCUGUGACUCCCUCUUCGCGUCGCCGGAUUUCGAGUUCAGGCCGUGUUUGGCCUCGCCGAAAACCAAAACCGCAUUCUCCUGCUCCAUGGAAAAGCACAAGCUGCUUCUCACUUCUGCUUCUUCUUCUCUCUCGCUCAAGCAGCAGUUCCAAACGAAGCGCAAUCCAGUCCUCGCCUGCCGAGCGUCACGUGACCCUCAACUGACUUCUGGGAGAGAUGAUGCAGCCGUUCAUGGAGUUGCUGAUGUGAUUGUUGGUGUUCUUGGAGGAGGCCAACUGGGUCGGAUGCUCUGCCAAGCAGCUUCGCAAAUGGCGAUUAAAGUGAUGGUACUGGACCCACAAGAGAACUGCCCAGCUAGUGAGAUUGCCCAUCAUCAUAUGGUUGGAAGCUUCGAUGAUAGCGCAACGGUCCAGGAAUUCGCGAAGAGGUGUGGAGUGCUGACUGUGGAAAUUGAGCAUGUGGAUGUGGAGACUUUGGAGAAGCUUGAGCAGCAAGGAGUGGAUUGCCAACCCAAAGCCUCUACGAUCAGAAUAAUUCAGGAUAAGUAUCUCCAAAAGGUUCAUUUUUCAAAGCAUGAUAUUCCCCUUCCUGAAUUCAUGCAGAUAGAUGAUCUUGAAGGUGCCAAGAGAGCAGGGGACCUCUUUGGCUAUCCUCUUAUGAUAAAAAGUAAAAGGUUAGCUUACGAUGGACGUGGAAAUGCUGUUGCUAAGAGUGAGGAUGAGCUUUCAUCUGCUGUGACUGCUCUUGGAGGGUUUGAUCGUGGUUUGUAUGUUGAGAAAUGGGCCCCAUUUGUAAAGGAGCUGGCUGUUAUUGUCGCAAGAGGAAGAGACAAUUCUAUCGCGUGCUACCCUGUUGUUGAAACAAUACACAAGGAAAACAUUUGUCACAUUGUAAAGGCACCUGCUAACAUGUCAUGGAAGAUCAGAAAGCUGGCCACUGAUAUUGCAACCAGAGCUGUUCGUUCAUUAGAAGGUGCUGGUGUCUUUGCAGUUGAGUUGUUCUUAACAAAGGAUGAUCAGAUUUUGCUAAAUGAAGUAGCUCCUAGACCUCACAAUAGUGGUCAUCACACAAUAGAGUCUUGCUACACUUCACAGUAUGAACAGCAUUUGAGGGCUGUUGUUGGUCUUCCACUUGGUGAUCCAUCGAUGAAAACUCCAGCUGCGAUUAUGUACAAUUUACUUGGUGAAGAUGAGGGGGAAUCUGGUUUCCUUCUAGCUCAGCAGCUGAUUGGAAGGGCAUUGCGUAUUCCAGGGGCCACUGUUCAUUGGUAUGAUAAGCCAGAAAUGCGGAAGCAGCGGAAGAUGGGUCAUAUCACCAUUGUUGGACCUUCCCUGGGCAAUGUAGAAAAGCUUCUAGAGUCGAUGCUAAAUGAAGAAAGAUUCGAUUGUCAGUCUGCAGUCACACCGCGUGUUGGUAUCGUAAUGGGCUCUGAUUCAGAUCUUCCUAUUAUGAAAGAUGCUGCAAAGAUUUUGAAUAUGUUUGGAGUACCUAAUGAGGUGAGAAUAGUUUCAGCACAUCGAACUCCUGAAUUGAUGUAUUCUUAUGCCUUGUCUGCUCGGGAGAGAGGCAUUCAGGUCAUCAUUGCUGGUGCUGGUGGGGCAGCUCACUUGCCAGGCAUGGUAGCUGCCCUCACUCCUUUGCCCGUUAUUGGUGUCCCUGUGCGCGCUUCUACAUUGGAUGGAAUCGAUUCUCUUUUAUCCAUUGUGCAGAUGCCGAGAGGGGUCCCAGUUGCAACAGUAGCUGUAAACAAUGCCACCAAUGCUGGUUUGCUGGCAGUUCGGAUAUUGGGUGUUUGUGAUGCUGAUCUAGUAUCAAGAAUGACCCAAUAUCAAGAAGACACACGGGACGAAGUUUUGACAAAGGCAGAGAAACUACAGAGAGAUGGUUGGGAGUCUUAUUUGAAUCCUUGAAGUCGGAGAAACUACAAAUAUCUGUUGAAUUUUUGCAGUUUCACUUUCUCUUGAAGUCGGAGUUUCCUGAAUAUGCUAUUAAACAUAGUAUCUAGUUGAAUUCCAACAAAGAGAUGUGCAAAAGAAUAUCUGACAGCUUAUUUAGUCGCAGAAAAAUGAACAGAAGGAUGUUUUUGAAAAAAUGUGGAAUGAUUUUGCUUACGAACAUCAGUUGACAUUGUUCGGAUUGAGGUCAAAUCGGGAAAGAAGUACGAGGAAAAGACGACUCCGGCAGGGGGCAGAUGAAGCCUUCUAUUUAUGUUUGUAACAGUAUAAGAUUUGUGUAUCUUCUAAUUUUGAUCAGUCUUCAUCUUGUGACGAAAAGGGAUGGUUUUGUAUUUCUUGUAACUUCCAUUUUGAUUUUUGAAGUAGUUUGGGUGCGUUUUCCUUUAA